UUAGCCGGAAAAGAUUUGCCUAUCUUUGGGCUUUUCUUUUGUCUUUGUCGCGCUGCUGCGGCCCCGGAAAUAAGGGGAAGUCGAGGAGGAGAAGGUGGAAGAGGAAUCUGCUACCUGGAGCUGGAUUCGCUCCACCUGGCGUUCCUUGACGGGAUUAGCUGUUCUUCGCCGUUUCUAUUUCUGAGAAUAAACAUGGUGAGGGGAAGGACGGAGAUGAGGCGGAUAGAGAAUCCGACGAGUAGGCAGGUUACGUUUUCAAAGAGGAGGAAUGGGCUGCUUAAGAAGGCUUUUGAGCUGUCCGUGCUCUGCGAAGCUGAGAUUGGCCUUAUCGUCUUCUCUCCUCGCGGCAAGCUCUACGAGUUCUCCAGUUCCAGCAUGCUGAAGACUAUCGAGCGUUACAAGAUGAAUAACAAAGAGAUGAUCAUUAAUAGCAAAUCAACAGAACAAAAUAUUGAGCAAUGGAAGAAGGAUACAGACCUCAUGUCAAAGAAGAUUGACGCCCUUGAAGAUUCUAAACGGAAGCUAAUGGGUGAAAACCUUGAAUCCUGCUCUACCGAGGAGCUACAUGAAUUAGAGAUUCAGCUCGAGCAAAGCAUAAGCAAAGUUAGAGGACGAAAGAAUCAUUUGCUGGAAGAGCAGGUAGUACAACUUAAAGAAAGGGAGAGGGUCCUACUAGAAGAGAACGCUUUGCUGCAAAAGCAGGAAGGUCACACAACCUCAUUAUUGUGGAAGGAGCCUCUGCUGUGCCUAAAUACUUCGAAGGAAGUGGGUCCCCAAUGCGACAACAAGGGCAUGGAUGUAGAGACCGAACUGUAUGUAGGAUGGCCUGGAGGAGGAAGAACCCAACAGUUGUUGAAAGGUUGACCUUUGACCUUUUACAUUCUUAAAUUUUCAAAAUAAAUAUUUAUGUACAACUAUAAAAUAAUUUAAGGGGAUUUAUGUAUUCUAAUAGGUGAUAUAGUGAUUACAGAGUCGGCAACUACGUUUUUUGUCCACGUGAAAUGGAAAUUUAUUAGGCGA